AUGCAGAAACUCAUCGUUCUUUGCUUCUUUUUCGUUGGCAUCACUUUGUAUCAGGUAAAUGCCGCAUGCCCUGCAGUGCCUACUUGGGUCACCUAUGGUCCAAACUCUGCCACCAACAAUGGGGCUUGCUCUCAAUAUUUGACGUGUUACUCAGACAGUAAUGGAGUUGAUGGAUGCUACUGUGCGGAUACGCUUGGAAACUGUGGACCACGUGCAGCCAAGGGCAUUGAGAUCUGCGCCAGUACGAGCUCGAGCUGUUACAAGACUUGCGGAAAGUGCACAGUGGCC